AUGCCAAGGGAGGGCACCUCGUCCGGCAACGACCUCACGGUCUUGGCCCCCACCUCGUCCAACGAGGUGCUGGCGGCGGCCGACGAGAGGCUCUGCUCCCAACCCAGCUGCCUUCCCCAUGGCCUGCCGGAACCCUCCCCGGUGCCAGCCACAGCACGAGAAAACAUCAGCGUGUCUGUGCUGCCUGCACCCCAAGAUGAUGACCCCCGCGAGGGAUCCCGCGGGGCUGUGCCCGGGACCCCCUCCCCGGAUGAAGCCCGAGGCGCGGCGCGGGUCGCCGUGCCGGAGCUGACGGGAGCCGCGCAGGCGGCGGCGGGGCCGCAGGGCACCUCGUCCGGCAACGACCUCACGGUCUUGGCCCCCACCUCGUCCAACGAGGUGCUGGUGGCGGCCGACGAGUGGCUCUGCACGCAACCCUGCUGCCUUCCCCAUGGCCGGCCGGAGCCCUCCCCUGUACCAGCCACAGAGAACAUCAGCGUGUCUGUGCCUGCACCCCAAGAGGAGGACGACGGCAUUCCAGCGGCACGGCUCUCGUUGUUUGCACCGGAGCGGCUGAACCUCCGGUGGGAGAGCGACGUCUGCAAGGGUGCCGGCCUGCGCAACCUGGGGAACACCUGCUUCCUCAACGCCACGCUGCAGUGCCUCGCCUACACGCCGCCGCUCGCCAACUACCUGCUGCUGCAAGAGCACUGCAGCACCUGCCAACAGAGCGACUUUUGCCUGAUGUGUGUCAUGGAGCAUCACAUUGUCAGCACGUUCAACAACUCGCAGAGAGUGCUGACACCCAAGGUCAUAACUAAGAACAUCACGCGCAUCGCCAAACACCUGCGCAUUGGGAGACAGGAAGAUGCCCACGAGUUUCUGCGAUACGUGGUCGAUGCCAUGCAAGCCUCAUGCCUCUAUGGCCACAGCGAGCUGGACAGAUACACGGAGGCUACCACCCUCAUUUACCAGAUCUUCGGGGGUUACCUUCGAUCACGUGGUUUUCGGAGUUGCCGUCACAAUAACAUUCUGCAGAUGUUCAUGGAAUGCUUCUUAGAGUCCUCAUUUGCGUUUCACUCUGUCGACCAACAGAACUCAUCAGAUCUUGUGGAGGCAUUUGAAGAGUUUUUUAACAAGGAGACGCUGGACGAAUACACCUGCGGAAUGUGCUGCUGCAAGGGGGAAGCGACGAAGACGAUGGCUCUCCACCGCCUGCCCAACGUCCUCACCGUCUCCAUCAAGCGGUACAACCUCUACGGCGUCAAGAUCAACCGGAACAUCACCUACCCGGAGCACCUGGACAUGCAACCCUUCACCUCAACGUCUCAGGGCGAGCCCGCGAUCUACUCCCUGUACUCGGUGCUGGUGCACAAGGGAGCCAACUCCAACAGGGGUCAUUAUUAUUGCUACAAUAAGAUCAGCGAUGGACAAUGGUGCUGCAUGAACGACUCCAACGUGCGGCACGUCGACACCAAGGCUGUGAUGAAUAAGCAGGCCUACGUGCUCUUCUAUAUUCGGUCCCCAGAAUUGAACGCGCCGCCAGCGGAGAGCUACUGCCCGCUGGAGCACGUCAAGGCGACGUCCUGGUCGUGCCUUAAGCGGCCCCACUCGGCGAAGGAAGACCCCGGACCCAGUUACCGGACAGCAGCUCUCCUCACCGGCGCGCAAGAAACCCAAGAUGUCGGACCGCCCCAACGGGAACAACUGCCGGAGCCACUGCAAGUGCGACGGCAGGAACAGCAGCAGCAGCAGCUACCGGCAACGCCAGACACGCAACAGCCGUUGCCGCUAGUCCCAGAGCAGCCACCACCACCACCCCGAUCUCACAGCAGCCGCUGCCAUUCCACCAGCAACCACCGCCAGUCCUACAGCAGCCACCACCACCACCGCCGCAGGUCUCAUAGAAGCCGCCGUCAGCACCACAGCAGCUGCUGCCACCGCGUGUCCCACAGCAGCCAGUCCCACAGCAGCCAGUCCAACAGCAGCCAGUCCAACAGCAGCCACCGCCACCAGUCCCACCACAGCCACCGCCACUCUGGUCGCACAGCAGCCACCACCGGUGUAACAACUGGCACUCGCCCCACCAAGAUAAGUCGCUGGUUAAAAUCCAUGAUCACGUGUCUAACCUCUUGCUUCCCCUCAAGAUCAAACUAAUUUUGAGAGACAUUUUACGAAGGCACCAGGUAGAGGCUCACCAUGGCGUCGCCCGCCCCCCAAAAUGUAUUCAUCGCCGGCUCCACCACCAGCCUCUGAAAUCACUUGAACAUCAUUGGAAUCACCAUAGACUCGACAUUCUCACUCGACGACCACAUUCUCAACACAAUAAAGAGCUGCAAUCACUAGCUCAAGGCCUCAUGCACGCCCGUCCAAUGCUGACAGCCGUCCGACGAGAUAGAAAACAUUUAAAGCAACUCUGACCUCACAAUCCACGAAGAAAGAAAAUAUUUUUAAGUUCACUAGGUUUGCUUUCUACCUGAUGACGAUUGCUUGUGUUGCAAUCGAAACGUCGUAUUCUAUUAUUUAAUUUAUUUAUUUUCUACGUGACUUUACCGAAAGAACCAAAGAGUAUUUACACUAUGAGACCUCCUUUACCAGUGGCAAAGGAGGUCUCAUAGUGUAAAUGCUUACCCCGAGCUCUCAAUACUCUGAUAGUGUGCUGUUUUUGAGUUGUACGCCUUUUGGCGUCUUCUGGUCCAACACCAAUGGAGACUAGGCUCUAAGAAAAGCUGUCUCGGGUGUGGACCAAUCAACUUCAAGGACAGUGCAUAUCAUUAUCAAAGUUGUUUCUUUUUAUUUGCAUUUUGACUGCUUGUGUUGUGGUUAUUGCAAACAUGAUGCCUUGUAUAAAGGUGUCAGUUUUGUACCAGUUUAAAGGGUAAAAACCUACUAUAACCAAAGAGUAAUUCAUGCAAUCACGAAAGCUUCAAAUCAAGUUUUAAUCCACGAAGACUUGAAACACCCAGCACGAAAGUGCUUAAAAUCACGCCAGCCAUUCUGGGAAACAGGAGCCAAGAUCCAUGCAGGCGGCACCAACCCAUUAUGUCUUGGGGUUGAUGUUUAUUCCC